CUAACAGACCACCACUUCAGGUGGCUGCUGCUGGGUGUGUGAUCAUCCUGCUGACAUUCUAUUUUAUUGUAUUCUAUAACUAUCCAGGAGAGCUCAAUGAAAAGGUUCCCACUACACAAAAAAUGAGGACUUGGUUGACACCAUCUAAGGAUUCUCCCUCACCUGGUCCAUGCACUUGUCCUGACAAAUCAGUGAUCCUCAAAAACCACCUUCCCAAGGAGCAGUAUGAGGAGCUGGUGCAACGCCGAGCGAAGGAGCUCCAACAACACAAAGCCAGGACAACGUCUUUAUUAUCCAGACAGCUGUUUGCUUUGCCCAACUCUCCUCUGCAGUAUCCCAUCCAGGGACUUAUAGUACGACCUUUGACCACCACUCCCAUACCAGGUUUAGCGCUGCAUGCAGGACAAAGAAGCAGCUACAAGGUCUCCUUGAGUGUGUCCAAAGGUGUCCUGACCACAGAGAUUCCAGCUGAAGGGGGGACGAUCCAAGGUGAUGGUGAGAGCAGACUGAUAAUGGAGUCUAACAGCCUGGUGAUCCUCAACAACCUGCUGGCUAAAGUGUCAUAUACCAGCACUAUCUACCACAUACUCACUGGAGACCUUGCAUCUUUCCAGUUUGAGAACCAUGAAGCCGUGUUUCCCAUUACCAUCAAACAGCCUCACCUGCCGGUCCUGUACGACAUGGGAACAGAUAUCAGCUCUCACGUCACCAUUGCCACAAAGACAUUCCUGCGCUACACACAACUCAAGGUGUUGUUGAGUAGCAUCCGGCGUUUCUAUACCAACAUAGAGGUCAUCAUAGCAGAUGACAGCAUAGAACCAGAACACAUUACUGAAGAACACACCAAGCAAUACAUCAUGCCUCCAGCGCAGGGCUGGUUUGCUGGGAGGAAUUUGGCUGUCUCCCAGGUAACCACCAAAUACUUCCUGUGGGUGGAUGAUGACUUUGUGUUUACGAAGGAGACGAAGAUUGAGAAGCUGGUGGAGGUGAUGGAGGCAGUCCCCGAACUUGACGUGCUUGGCGGGUCAGUACAAGGGAACCGGUUUUACUUCUCUCUUCAAUAUGAGGAAGGAGAGGAAAUGGAGGGCGGCUGCCUGUACAGGAAGUCUAAUGCAAAGUUCCACUCACUUCCUGGGUACCCACAAUGCUCUCUGGCCAGUGGGGUGGUCAACUUCUUCCUGGCUCGUACAGAUGCUGUACAGAGGGUGGGAUUAGUCCCCAAGCUCCAGAGGGUAGCGCAUUCAGAGUUCUUUAUGGAUGGCCUGGGCUCCUUACUGGUUGCCAGCUGUGACCAUGUGUCCAUUGGCCAUCAGCCCAAAACAGCCAACAAAAAGGAUGCAGCUCGCUACGCCAGCUUCAGAAAUCCUUCACACAGUGACUCAGAGUUCAAACUGCAGCUUCACUUCUUCAAAAACAACCUCAAGUGUAUCCGAUAUGGAUAGAACACAACUGGAAGACAUUGAAGUCACUGGUUGUACCUAUUGACUUUAUUCACAUUAUUUAAUAACCCAAAAAAGAACAUUAUGAUUUUAGAAGUUGCUGUAAUAACAAUAUUGUAAUGUAGUAUAAUGACAAAGGUGCCACCAAUGAA